AGAAUAUAAACAUUCUCGCUUAAGCUGCUGUAUUCUUGGGUCGCAAGACCCUUCAUGUUACCAAUCGCUUUUUGCUUUUUGCUUUACUCAUUUUGCUUAGCAUCGUCAGAGAAAAAUACAUGUCAUCAAAUAGGUAUGUGUCAAGGGAGUCGGAAUGCGCCAAAAACAACAACUAAAAAAAUCACAGGCUAUCCAACAUCAUGGUAUCCGAUAUUUGCAAUACUGGCAUUCAAUUGCAUGGCUUUACACCUGUUCGACGGCGAGUGUGUGAUAUAAAUACAAGACAGCAGAUUGGGGGUGAGCGGGAGCAGGAAUGGACCACAGCGAGAUGUCACCGAUUACUACGAGCCCUCACUUCCAGAGUCGCAAUACUAAAAAAGGAACUCUCUUUGAUUUCGGGAACUGCUCAAGGGUCAAAUCAAAUCGGCGCAAAGGUUACGAAACCAACUCGACAGCGGUCAAGCUACCCAGACGAUGAUGCGGAUUGGACAAAAAAGGGGUCGUCGAAGAACAAGGUCAAGCGGACAUAUUCCAAUCGAGGAGGGAGAAAUACAGGCGCACGAAAUGCGCCAAAUACACCACGUACGACAUCACUUGUGGACGGGAGAAAGGCACUUAUACUCGGGGAGAUACAUGUGCCAACGCCCAUUUUGGCUCGAGCAAGGGGGGAAUUGUCAUGCGAAAACCACGAUUCUUCAUUAACCGAUUGUGAGGCGGAUUGGCAGCAGAUUGGGAAACUUGGACGCCCUUCAAAUCACCCAGAGUCGAGUCUGCAACUGUCUGGAUCAAUUAGGAGUAUGCGACAAACCACCGAGGCAUCCCGUUAUGCGAUUUACGAGGGCUUGUACAAUGGACUUGAGACACUUCUACGAUCUACCAACGAACCAGCAAAAGUAAGCCGGAAGGGCUCGAGAUCAUUGUUCUCAAUGUGUCUUAGAGCAGUUCCAGAGUAUAUUGAACAAGAGGAGAAUGCAUCUCUCGCAUACCUGGAGGAGACCGGCACAAAAUCCUCUAUUGAUACUAGAGAUAUAGCGACAGAGAUCUACGAUGAUCUGGAGUACCUGGGGACAUCAGGUCAUGGGUGGAAGCACUUGAGGAUUGUUGUUCGAUCACAUGGCAUAAAAGUUCUCGCGGAUGCAAUUCGUGCAGGGCUCCUGGAUGUUUCAUUUUGCAGUAUUCUAAUAACACUGUGCCAUCAAAACUUUGCUACCGAAGAAGCGGAGUUGUUGCUAUCCUCUCUGCUAGCAUCUGGUCCUUUCCAGGCGCCUAAAACACCUUACGAUCAAAUCCCGCGGCCCUUAUUAUUGCUGAGAAAAUUUACGGAAGCGACAGGCCGUCACACCUUUCAAUAUCAAGAAUUGGCUAGUUUGCUCUCCAAUGGGUCGUUGCCAGUGGGCUGGUUAGCCACCAAAGAUUUUCGGGCUUUUUGGACGGGAGUAGUACAAAGAAUAUCACCUGAAUCUAUGGAUUCAGGUGUGCUGGAAUUCCUCGAAAUCUCUAUACCCUUGAUAGCAGGCACAGACUACUUUGGAAAGGGCUUUACAGAACCAAUUCUUCAAGCCAUCGAAUCGACAUUUUCAAGCCUGCUCACAACAAUUUUGUCCAUUUUGAUUCUUAGCACGGAAACUGGCGAAGUGGCAUCUUCAAAUACGUGUGGAUCUCUUAUUGCCCUCUUUCGGGGUUCUUUGCAGCAAUUCGAAGCUUUGUAUCCAUCAGAAGACCCAUCAGUCAUGUUGCUCGUGGCCAAUCUGUUUGCAGAAGUGUUCGGAAAUUCUGGCCAUGGUUCAUCUUUCAUUGAGCAUUUGGUCAAUCAAAUUCGCGAGGUUCUCGGUGGCUGUGAUGAUAAUUCCACUGUCUGCGAUGAUGUGGCUGCAUUAAUAUGUUCUAUGGCACGUUGUUGUGGUCGCGGCUCCGCAAGUAUGGGCUUUGAACAUCUAGAACUUCUACACAGCACGCUAGAAAAUGCCACACAAGAUAUGGAAGGAACUCACUAUUUUCAAGGGUUCAUUUUUGACAGUGCCAUGGCAUUCGCCAAUCAAAGUCCUGAGCCGGCUCACAUAAACUAUGCAACGAUGAUUGAAAAGAAGUUCGGCCACAGGAAAAUGCCACCAGAAAAUCAAUCUAAGCUCUGUGAAGCCGCGAAUCCAGGGAUAGGAUUCCGUUGGGAAGAAGGAAUCGGCGAGUGGAUCACUGCGACACCUAUCAACAGCUUAAAAAAAUACAAUGUCUUCAACACAUUUACAUUGAUAAAGACCACGUCCCAACGCGAGUCCCUUCCCCUUCGCCAGAAAAGGGCUUGGGAAACGUUUUCCUCUGGCAGCACUCGUUCUAACCAGUCUUCUGCUGCUGAACCAUUCGAAGUGGUAGAGUCUGUUGAUGGGGGAAUAACCGAUGGUAACAAUUCCGAUUCAAGCUCUAUUCUUGAAGAGGAAAGCAUAUUUUCGGAGGUUUCCAUAUGCUCCAGCAGCUCGUCAAUUUCCAGGAGCCGUGUAUGCAGCGAUUUGUCAGAGCCAGAUCAAGCGCCGUCUAAGAGAAGAAGGUUGAGAGCCAGCCAAAGCAGACGAUCGUUUGACGAUUUCUACACAACCAGCAUGUCUUCUUCGGCCUCGUCAUCACAUUAUGCAAGGAAACUUCGAAGUGGACGGAAUGAUUCUGACAGGGCACCGAAACUUGAAAGUCGGGCGUGUAGAUCUAGUCAAACAAGGCAGACUACUUCAGAUGACAGCGAUGAUGAAUUGAGCAUUCUUUCAGUAUCUAUGUCGCAACCGGAAUCCGGAACCCUAGGACUUACCAGUUGUCGAGGAUUCAGGGAUCGUCGUUCCAAACGAGUACAAACAUCGAAACGAAGGAAGUCCAUUGCAGGCAGAAGAGCAUCAUUAGAGGCUGAGAGCGAGGAUGAAUUGUGCCUUUAACCUCAUCUUGGCUGGGGACCUGGGCAACAGUAACCGUUUUGCAUAAAGCUUGUAUCGUGAAGAUGUCCCCAUGAGGGUAUUCUUAUUGGGUUUGCUGGCAACUGGGACGUAUUCAGGGAGAUCUCAUACGAGUUCCACAGUAACAACAAAUGUGGAUAUUGAAAAGAUCUUGGAAAAGACACCAAUGGCUUGAUAUGUCGUCGAUUAAAAAUAAAAGUCGGGUAGUCGGCUUUGGUGGUGUGUGAUCAGCGCCAGGCCGGCUAUGCCCUGCGUGCGUUUGAGACAACUACUGUCGCGAGCUCUACCUACUCUAUUUGAGCCUCCUACUUGGGACAUAUGAUAGAGUAAGCAUAUACUGUAAGGGCUUUGGUGGUUACGAGUAUGCACAGGCCAUUUUCUUUAGGUGGCUUCUGGAUGGGGAACAUCUCCGUGACGAGGGUAGCAGGUCGUACUGUGACGGUUACAUAUCAAUUGGCCGUGUUUAUCGUGUGGUGCGUGGAGUGAUAAUUGCGGGGUAUCAAGAGAUUUUGUAAGAGAAAGUGUGGAGUUUUUUUUUGGCUUUAACAGGAUACCAAUUUAUUUCUCUCUCUUUGAGUCUUUGGGGAGAACAGUUCAGUAGUACGGAGUAGGAAAGUCAAUUCAUCAAUCCACCAACUCACCAAC